AUGGCCAUCUCCCUCACUGGGGAUAACACCAUCUCCUUCACAGGUUGUGCAGCUCAGAUGUAUUUUUUCCUUCUCCUGGGCUCUGCUGAGUGCUAUCUCCUGGCUGCCAUGGCCUAUGACCGCUAUGUGGCCAUAUGCCACCCUCUGCGCUACGUGGCCAUCAUGGAGAGGAGGUCUUGUGUCUGGCUUGUGGCCGGUUCCUGGCUGAGUGGGAUUCCCGUCUCCUUCAUCCAAACCACCUUGGUCUUCACCUCCCUAUUCUGUGGCCCCAACAAAAUCGACCAUUUCUUCUGUGACGUGGCGCCGGUGCUGCAGCUGGUCUGCGCCGACACAUCCCGCAAUGAGAUGUCUAACAUCACGAUCACCGUGGUCUUCCUCGCCAUCCCCUUCACCCUCAUCCUCAUCUCCUACACCUGCAUCAUCGCCACUGUCCUGAAAAUGUCCUCCCCGGGGAGCAGGCACAGAGCCUUCUCCACAUGCUCCUCACACCUGGUGGUUGUGACUCUCUUUUAUGGUUCUGGCAUGGUCAUGUAUCUGCGUCCCAGAUCCAUCCACACGACAGAGAAUGACAAGCUGCUGUCCCUCUUCUAUACUGUGGUCACCCCCAUGCUGAACCCCGUCAUCUACAGCCUGAGGAACAAGGAGGAAGGCAUCCAGUCUGAAUUUGAAGACAUCAAGAGAAAGUGA